AUGCCUCGUCCACUCGUAGUCGACGUCCACACUCAUGUAUACCCUCCAUCGUAUAUGGCGAUGCUCCGUGCUCGCAAGACAGUCCCUUACAUUCACGACCCAGCGAGUGGAGAGCCGCGCCUGAUAAUCCUCUCAUCGGACGAUGACCCAUCCGUUCCAAUCGACGAGCGCGGCCGUCCCGUCGAUACAUCAUACUCCGACAUCACUGUCAAACUAACCUUCAUGCAACAGCAUGGCAUUGACUGCAGUGUGAUUUCUCUCGCAAAUCCCUGGCUGGACUUCCUCGAUCCUGUCGAAGCCCAGCGAUGGGCUGAGCGCAUCAACAACGAUCUAGAGGAAACCUGUGCCAAAAUCAAUAAUUCCACGGAUCGGGACGACUUUCUCCCUUUAGAGGGGAGAUCGACUUUGUUUGCAUUUGCAACUUUACCGCUGAGCGCGCCCAGUACAGAUAUCAUCGCUGGCGAAAUCAGGAGACUUAAGACCCUGCCUCAUAUCCGUGGCGUGAUUAUGGGGACCUCCGGACUGGGAAAAGGUCUCGAUGAUGAACAGCUCGGUCCGGUUUGGGCUGCUCUGGAAGAAACCCAGUUCCUUCUUUUUUUGCAUCCUCACUACGGUCUCCCUGAUGAGGCGUUUGGUGGUGCUGCGGUGACAAAGCGCUAUGGUCAUGUCCUCCCCCUGGCUCUUGGGUUUCCGCUCGAGACCACCAUUGCAGUUACUCGCAUGCUACUGUCUCGAGUCUUUGACAACUUUCCGCGGCUUCAGAUUUUGCUGGCGCAUUCGGGUGGCACUUUGCCCUUUUUAGCGGGGCGCAUCGAAAGCUGUAUUCUGCAUGAACGGAAGUUUAUGGAGAACGGUGGCGAUCUUCCUGGCCCGCAGAGGAGUAUUUGGGAGGUUCUGACAACAAACAUCUUCCUUGACGCUGUCGUGUACGGGACUGCUGGGCUCAAAGCUGCUGUUGCUGCCGGGGGAGGUACUGAUCGUCUCAUGUUCGGUACUGAUCAUCCUUUCUUCCCACCUCUGAACGAGGGUGAAAAGGAUUGGAUCAGUGUGACGACCAACUACAAGGCCAUUGAAAGAACUUUCGAGGGGGGAAAAGAAGCUAUAGCUGCUGUUUUGGGUGGCAACGCUGCUCGCAUUUUGAAACUCGAAUAA